GCCCAUUUUUCUUUGCUACAAGCGCGUCGCGUGUACACCGCGAAUACUUAGCAGUUUUUCAACAGAAUUGUAAAACAAACAAAAGGCACUCCAAGACAUUAGCAUAAGCGAGCAGCAUGUUUCGUAAUUUCUUAAAUUUGACAAACAAAUACAAAGUGCUCAGGGGCAUGAUCUCAUAUGGCACACUCUGGCCCUGUGGCUCGCUCAUUGAGCAGACGCUGAUCGAGAAGCGCUCAUUCCGCAACUAUGACUGGACCAAGUGUCUCAGAUUCAGUUUGUUCGGCUUCUUCUUUAUGGGGCCCACAAUCUAUGUGUGGAUAAGACUGGCGAGUGUAAUGUGGCCACGCACAGAUAUUAAAUCAUCGCUCUGCAAAGCGAUCACCGAGCAGACGGCCUACGAUCCCAUGGCGAUCAGUUCCUUUCUCUUCUUCAUGACACUGAUGGAGGGCAAUACAUAUGCUGAAGCCAAACAGGAGGUUAGCGAUAAAUUUCUGGAUGCUUAUAAAGUUGGCGUUAUUUAUUGGCCCUGCGUGCAAACUGUGAACUUUGCCUUCAUCCCAGCCAGAAAUCAGGUUAUCUUCACCUCGUUCUUCAGCAUGUGCUGGACCACAUUCUUGGCCUACGUUAAGUUCCUGCAAUUGCAUCCGCAUGUCGAUGUUGAUCAUCAUGCUGUGGACAUACAUUUUCUGGAAAUGUAAACUACCAUAUAGCGAAAAUUUAUUUAUUUAUUUACAAUUAAAAUACUGUUGAUUAUGCCCAAGCACGCCUCUCAUUAGAA